CCCACCCCCGCCCGGGGGGCGGUUUGCGGGGCGGGGCCCCCCCUCUCAGCUCCCCAGCACUGCCCUCGGCCCCGGCCCGGCUGCCCCAACACACGCUGCCCUCCGCGCAGGCAGCCAUGCGGCGGGUCGGGUUGCUGCUCGCCUUCUGCUGCCUGGUCCUGAGCACCACCGGGGGCCCUUCGCGAGAUUUUUGUUCCCAGACCCUUAACCCAGAUGUGAAGCCAGGAUUUCCCAAAACAAUAAACCCCCACGACCCAGGAGUCCUCCAAGCAGCCAGACACAGCGUUGAAAAGUUCAACAACUGUACAAAUGACAUCUUCUUGUUCAAGGAGUCCCACAUCAGCAAAGCCCUGGUCCAGAUCGUGAAGGGCCUGAAGUACAUGCUGCACAUGAAGAUUGGCAGAACUUCUUGCAAGAAGACCCAGCACCCUAUUCUAGACAACUGUCACUUCCAGACCAACCAUACCUUAAAAAGGACUUUCAGUUGCUACACGGAAGUUUGGGUCAUCCCCUGGCUCCAGAGGUUCGAGGUGCCCGUUCUCCGCUGUCGCUGACUUCAGCCUCUCAGCAACACUGCACUCCUGCUCUUUACUGCACGCGGUCACAGCCCCGCCCUGGCUGUCACAGGCCCUGGGACCUUCCGACGUAGUGGCUCACCAGUGAGCCAAAACGGAAGUGCCUGUGGGCUCAUCACAGAGUAGCCAGGGUGGAAGAAUGAUACUGCCUGUGGUUAGAGUAUGUAUUUCUCAUUUUCUUCUAAUCUAACUAAUUUUACCGAUGCUCUGAUGGUAAUUAUUCAGGUUCUGGACCCCUGAGUGAGCCCCCUCCGUCCCCUCCCACUUGAUUACCUGGUGGUCCCACAUCCAGCAAUGAAAGCCCAAAGAUCAUCCCUUUGACCAAAUAAUGGUUACAGCCUUGGGCAGGGGGACAAGUCAGCUAUUGUGCAUCUUGACAUUUUGUGCAUGAAUAAAACUAUGAAUAAAUAUGAAUAAAGAACUGACCAUC